UGGAGCUUGUUUCCAGCGAAAACGAACAAUUUUUUAAAGGAAAUGAACAUCGAAGCAGCGUAAAAAUAAACCACUCAGCGAAAGAAAAAAACAAAACAAAACAGAAGACAAGAGAGGAAGAUGAAGCCAUAAGAGCCAAGAGAGACUGACUUUCGUGAUAAUAGAAGGGUUUGCUCACGUGUGAGUGGCUGAUGGGAUGCAAGGUCUUUCCCUUUUUUGAACCACUUCAUCGCGUCCUCUCCUGGUUCUGUCACGAUUCCGUUGCGUCGCUCUCACGUCGUCUCUACGUUGCCGCCACGUCUCGGUUACGUCUCCUGUACGUCGCCGUCACGUCGCUGUUGAUGAAGAUGAGCCUGGACACACUCAUUGACUUGGAUGCACUCCUUCCUUUCGGCAAUGCGUCUGAUGCUUCCAAUUUCUAUCUGCUAAACGCUACGCAACAUCCACUGGUGCGGCUUGUAACGGCCAUCAAUCUCUACCUGAUCCCGGUCAUCAGCUGUGUGGGGCUGGCGGGAGGGAUCUGCUCUUUCGUCAUCCUCCUCUUCACCACCUUCCAGUUCCAGCCGUGCUCUCACUACCUGGCGGUCCUCACCAUCUCCGACACCAGCUUCCUGGCCGCGCUGCUCCUCGGAUGGCUCACUUCCCUCCACCCCGACAUGGCCAGCAACCCCGGGUACUGCCAGGUGAUGGUGUACAUGACCUACACCUGCAGCUUCUUGUCCGUCUGGUACCUGGUGCUGCUGAUGGUCGAGCGCUACAUCGUCGUCUGCCACCCGCUGCGCGCACCAGUCCUGUGCACCAAGCGCCACGCAUGGGUGGCCAUCGGGGUGGUGACGACCUUUGCCCUCGUGCUCUACCUCCACAGCUUCUUCACCACGGACGCUGCCGCCGUCACUACCCUCCACCCGGCCUGCGAGCAGAAGGCGCCCUACCUGCAUUUCCUUGCCCUCUUCUCCUACGCUGACAUCCUCAUCACGUUCAUCGUCCCCUUCACCACCAUCCUGGUCCUCAACACGAGAGUCAUCCUGGCGUUGCGCAGCUUCCGCCGACGUCACCAACCCCUGCCGCAGCAACCACAGCAGUACGCCGCCAGCAACCUCCUCCUGGAGCGGCACGUGCACCAAGCACACAUGUGCGUCGUGUCGCAAGCGCAGGUGCGCGCCACCAAGAUGCUGGUGUGGGUGGCCACCGUCUUUCUCGUGCUGUACCUUCCCAGCCACGCCCUGCGCCUGUACAUCCUGUUGCGCAUGCUCACAGAGGAGCCGACGGUGUACAGCCAGGAGCUGAUGCUGGCCCAGCAGAUCUGCCAGUUCUUCUACUACAUCAACUUCGCCGUCGACUUCUUCGUCUUCAGCGUCACCAGCCGCAGUUUCCGUCGGAGCAUCUCGCGGCUCAUCAAACGGCUUCGCCACAGCGAUUACUGAGCCUCCUGUGAACUUGACUCUCGAGCCCCUCCGCUCACCCUCCAUGUCGACCCCUUCAUAAACCUCUUAUCAGCUUUUACUGAUGCUGACAGCAUCCUUCAUAGAUUGUUUGCUAAUCCACGGAACGACGGUGUUAAAAUGUGAACAGACAUGUUGAGCGGACAGACAAUACAUUCACGGUAUUUAUGUAUCAAACAUUAUGCGAGUGCAAGAUGUCAGGAAAAUAAUGGUUGAGUAACCUGUCGAGGCUGGAAUAUUCUCCAUGUUUUAAUAUCCUGCUUCAUUAUAUUAAUAGAUAUUUUUUACAUUAUUCAUCCCGAUGUUGGGGAUGUGGCACUUGUUCACAGAUGAUUUCUCUUUAUUUCGCCUCCUCCUCCCUUCUUUUCUAUCCAGCGAUUUGUUUUCUUCACGGCCCCACCCACCUACCCUCUCAAGUUUUACCUUCGAGAUGUCACAGAAAUGUUCUGGAUGAGUUUCCGUUUCAAUGAAGUUAUUUUUGUCGUGUGUUUUAACGUUCGAACUUAUUUUGAAUUUUCACUCGAAAAUGAUGAUUCCUAACCGGUUCUUUUUCGGUGAGAAAUGUGGAAAGAGAGAAGAACGAAAAAAGUUGCAAGAGGGAAUGAACUGAGUCUGUGUUCUAAGAGUUGUAUGCAGUAGAAAGAGUGAGAGAAGGGAAGAACAAUAUGGCGUUGAUACUGUUAUGGUCGAUUUGUUCUGCAUGAAAAAAACUGUCAUAGAAGAUUGUUUGUUGUUUUUUUUUCUUCCCACCAAUUUAGAAACUAUAAGUAUAUCGCUACCAAAAAGUUCAGCCCUUUAAACGGGUACCAAAUUUAGAGAAAAAAAUGCUUAUGUCCCUGGCGAGAUUCGAACGGCUGAUCCACAUGUAUACGAUACCUGGCAGGAUGGGUUCUCAUGGUAUGUGUUAGCUUACGUCCAAGAAAGAUAAGGGUGGGUAGCUGGGUGGAUGUUAGUGAGUGAAUGAGUAAGACGCCAACCUUUUACGGCGUCUCAUUUUAACACCUUUCACAGGAGAUGUUGUUUUGACAAUUAGCCAAAAAACUGUAGCCUUUAGUUUUCCCCACAAGAGAAAAUAUAAUAAGGCUUGAGAAAUAGCUAUGUCAAAAAUAAAAUAGCGAUGUUAGGUUAUAUACCAAAUGCCAAUAUUUAAAGCUUGAUGAAACCAAUAAUCAUCUUACCUCUAGGCUACGUUAAUGAGCACUUUGCCUUUCAUGUUUGUCAUAAUUUGAAUACAAAUAAAUUUUC